AGUGUUUUUAUGAAAAUGGCAUUUCUUGCGCGAACAGCUUUACGGACAAUUAGUCCAAAAAUAUUGCCAAAAUUCUGUCAUCCAUCUAUUCCAUCGGCGUUAUCAUGUGGCAGGAAAUCAUCAAGUGUCGUCAGCACCUUUUUCGAGAUCGACGAUGUCUUGUCAGGCCUCACGGAUGAAGAAAUACAGUUGAGAGAGACAGUGUUCAAGUUUGCCAAGGAACAUGUCUACCCCAUUGCUGCUGAGGUGGAUAAGACCGAUACAUUUGUUGGAAUGAGGGAUUUCUGGAAGAAGGCAGGAGAAAUGGGUUUCCAUGGAAUUACCGCACCAGUCGAGUACGGUGGAUUAGGGGGCUCCUACAUGGACCAGGUCCUGAUCUUGGAGGAGAUAGCGAGGGCGUCGGCUUCCAUUUCUCUCUCCAUGGGGGCGCACUCCAACUUAUGCAUUAAUCAGAUGGUACGCAACGCCAGCCCAGAGCAGAAAGAGAAAUACUUACCUGGGCUAAUAAGAGGGGAUCAGAUUGGAGCACUGGCCAUGAGUGAAGCUGGAAGUGGAUCAGAUGUUCUGUCGAUGAAAUUGAAAGCCGAGAAAAAAGGUGAUUACUAUGUCCUCAAUGGCAACAAGUUCUGGAUCACAAAUGGAUGUGACGCAGAUGUUCUUCUGGUUUACGCAAAGACUGAUCUCGGUGCUGAACCAAAGAAUGGGAUUACAACGUUCAUUAUUGAGAGGGAUAUGGAGGGGUUCCAUUCAGCUCAGAAAGUAGAUAAGCUCGGGAUGAGAGGAUCCAGCACGUGUGAACUGGUCUUUGAAGAUUGCAAAGUGCCAGUUGAAAAUGCUUUAGGCGGAGUGAACAGCGGAGCAUUUGUUCUCAUGAGUGGACUCAACAUAGAGAGGCUAAUCAUUGCAGCAGGUCCGAUUGGCAUAAUGCAGGCAUGUAUGGAUGUUGCCGUCCCAUAUGUUCACCAAAGGAAACAGUUUGGAAGACCUAUCGGCGAAUUUCAGUUAAUGCAGGGCAAGUUAGCAGAUAUGUACACCCGUCUGAACGCAUGUAGAACUUACGCCUACAGUGUGGCCCGAGCAAUGGACAGGGGUCAUGUGACGAAUAAGGACUGUGCGGCCGUUGCCCUCUUCACUGCGGAGAAUUCAGUUCAAGUCACCUUAGAUGCCAUUCAAUGUCUUGGGGGAAAUGGCUACAUCAAUGACUAUCCCGUUGGUCGUUUCUUGCGUGAUGCCAAACUGAACGAGAUCGGUGGUGGCACCUGUGAGAUCAGAAGAUCAAUCAUCGGACGAGCCUUGAACGAAGAAUAUCGGGCGUAGGUCACUGAUUCUGAAACUGAAUGAUAUCGAUUUUAGCAGCAGUCGGAUCAAACAAUUAAUCAUUGGAUGCACAUUGAACGGAGACUAUCGGGCCUAGAUUGCUGAUUUGGAACUGAACAAGAUUGGUGCUGCAUGGUACCUGUGAGAUCAGGUUAAUCACUGGAUGAGCCUUGAAUGAAGAAUAUCAAGCUUAGAUCGCUGAUUCCGAACUGAAUGAUAUCAAAGGUAGCACCAGUGAGAUCAGAUUAUUAUAAAUUGGGCAAGCCUUGAAUGAAGAAUAUCAAGCUUAGAUCACCGAUUCCGAACUGAAUGAUAUCAAUGGUAGCACCAGUGAGAUCAGAUGGUUUAUGACGAUUGUCUGUGUUUGCGGAGCGGGGGUGGAGCGGGGAUGGCCCCACCCUUUUGUGAAGACUGGGGGGGGGGGCUUUUCUUGAAAAAGUGGGUUGAGGGAGAGGAGUCAAAUUAACACACCCUUUCAGGAAAACCGGGGUGGGGGGGGGGGGCUUUUCUCGAAAGGCUGUAUUAAGUAGUUUUCUGAACCAGUCGUUUGUAUGAAAAAUUAUUCAUCAAAUGAUUAUGAUAUUGGUAGAUUAUGAUAAGAGAAAAAGAGGAGAGCAUUUAUUGUUGAUUUUAAAUUUCAUAAUUCUAGACCCCCCCCCCCCAUCAUAGAACAAUUGAAUUAAGAGAAAUAGAAUGUUUUCUAUUCUGAAUAAAUUUGCAUUUGCAUAGAAGUUUAGAAGCUCCAUCCAACAAUAUCAGAAAAGAACAGAAUUAAACCAGCCUUAAAUAUAAAAGUAGCAUUUUUGUUGAUUUGGGGGCCGUAACGCACAUAGGCCUUCUUCAGCCCUUGCUUGUAAUAUUUACGAAUAAGACAAACGGUGUAGAGCUUCUUCGCUUCGUAGUUCAUAAAUAGUUCUCUGAAAGUUUGGAGCACCUCUGUGCUUGUAAUAUUUGUGAAUAAGACAAACAGGGUGUAGCUUCUUCGCUUCGUAGUUCAUGAAUAGUUCUCUGAAAGUUUAGAGUACCUCUGUGCUUGUAAUAUUUACGAAUAAGACAGACAGGGUGUAGCUUGUUCGCUUCGUAGUUCAUGAAUAGUUCUCUGAAAGUUUGGAGUACCUCUGUGCUUGUAAUAUUUACGAAUAAGACAAACCGGGUGUAGAGCUUCUUCGCUUCGUAGUUCAUGAAUAGUUCUCUGAAAGUUUGGAGUACCUCUCUGCUUGUAAUAUUAACGAAUAAGACAAACAGGGUGUAGAGCUUCUUUGCUUCGUAGUUCAUGAAUAGUUCUCUGAAAGUUUGGAGUACCUCUCUGCUUGUAAUAUUUAUGAUUACAAGUGUACGACUUGCCCUUUGCACGUUUUCCCUCAGCUGAAAUAUUGUUGUAGUGAUCCAAAGUGACUCCGCAUUUUGAUCUACUGCGUUUAGCAUAUUUUCCAUUUUCUUCAGAAAUGACAUCUUCAGCAAAACGCAUCUUAGAGGUAUCCACCAUAUACCGGGCCCCUCGCGUGCACCACCUAGACUAUCGGAAAUAAAUAAAUAGGCCUAGGCCCAAGUUUUUAAAGAUAAAAUUGCACAAAAAAUGUGGGGUGUUUUCCCUUGUUUCCUUCCUCAAUUACACACAUAAACACAUGCCAUCACACACUGAGACAUACACACCCACACACACACACCCUCACCCCAUUUUGGCCUACAUACAUACCCUCACAAACUUACACAGACAUACAAAUCCGCUACAUUUUAUUUUCAUUUUCUUUUAUAUUUUGACAAUUUUUUAUCGCUUAUACUGUGAUUUAAAUUAUUGUACUCCUUUGUUGUUGUAUACUUGUACAUAUGUUUUUAAAGGAUGUCAAAUAAAUGAAUUGAAUUGAAUUGAAUUGAAUAAACAACUGGUACAGG